UAAUUCAGAUACGUCUCAGUAAUCCCCUUUUUCUCUACCCGCCAUCCAAAUCAUAUAUUUCUUUCGGACUAAAAUUAAGCAUUUUCCUGACAGAAUUUUAAUUUGUUAAUCUUUGGUAUCUCGCUUUUUGCUCCUUUUGAAACAUGGCGACGAGUCGUAGUAGUAGUAGUAGUGACUCAGAAGAGGCAGUUAGUCGUCCUAUGAGGAAAAUGCCAUUUAAAAAGUUGUCAUCACAACAAGUAGUGGUGGCUGCAAUUUCGCCAAAGCAGCGAGCUGGUCCUUCCGGUGUUAAAAAAUCAAAACCGACCCCAAAGAAGAAAAUUGCCGUUCAGGAGGCGAUGACGAAACUAAAGAGGAUUCUAGGACACACCGACAACGACAGAGUGAUGAAAGGGCCAAACGACCUGCUCCAGCACGUGAUUUGGAUGUGGAGACCACAAAGAACUUACUCGCACCAGUAGGUCAGCUCAAUCCGGUCGGAACAAUGGACAAGUCGAAGAGACAACAGUCGUCAAAAAAUAGUGAGGCCCGUAAGGACAAUGCUUUUCGUCCCGUUGAAUGGACUUUCUCUCCCAUGGAGGAGGCGUUGGUUGCUGUACAUGAAACAGACAGACGAGCUGGAAGGGGAAUUAUUGUGCGAGAUGAGCCACUUAAAGAAGAGUUCCAAAUCCGGUACAACAAAGGGUCAAAAGGACUAGUUGGUAGUAUCAACACAGAGGAUGGAGUUGAACUACUAAGACAAACAAUCCUUCACUAUGCCGGUGUUCAACUCCCCCCUACUUCUCCAGCUCACUCAAUUUCUGCUGAAUCGGAUGACUCGCGACCCUCCACCCCUAUUUACGACAUGCUCGAUGCGGAUCAGAGGGAGACAUUGUUUAAGGCAAUUUUUAAGAUGGGGGGACGAGUGCCAGUAAUUGGCCGACCUGAAUGGAGGAUCAUCAUCCACAAAUCCCCUGUUUCAAAACUGGUCCACCUAUGCUUGGAGAAGACAACGGACUCCAAUCGAGACGGAAUGUUAUAUAUAGCAUACAGACUUUGUACUGAACCAGGUUGUUAUUCAUAUACUGGUACGGUUUCGAAUGACGUCCUGCCAAAGUGUCACUUCCACUCCGGGGUCACCAUCCACUCCGUGCUGAAAGCGACGGAUUAUUCAGCGAGGUCUACUCUCAUCCAACGCCAUGUGACCAUGCAACAUUCGGUCAAAUUGGGAGCAACAAAUGAAGAGAAAGACGAUGUGGCAGAACUCCGCCUUACAAACUCAUUGCAAGGAGUACAAACGUGGAAAGAUUAUCGCAAACGAUGCACCGUUCCCCCAAUUCCGAGGUCAAUCGCUCGUGUUCACUACUCCUCCCAUGAUGAAUCUCUCCAAACUUUUGCAUUAUCCACUACUAUUGGAAUGUUUCAACAACUCGCUUCAAACCCUGGACAGAUGGAGAAUUUGGACGACACGAUCCCAUUUGCUCAUGGUAUGGAGUUGUUGAUAGAAGGAGGACUGAAUCAAUUGGGAAUGGCUCUCAAGAUAAGAAGAACACUCUCUAAGGAGGAGAUGAUAGCUCGUGUCUUCCCUUAUUUUGAAUACUUGGUCGGAGUGGGAGGAGAGAACAAGAAGAUAAAGGGCAAGGCCUACUUGUACGCCGCCAUGAGUCACAACAUGGUCUACUUUGGUUGGAGAGAAGAUCCGGACUUGAGCAACAGACUGAGAGAGUGGAAAACAGACGGACUUGGAGAGUAUCUGCGCCACAAUCCCCCCUCUCAUGUUAAAACGACCUGUUAUCUCGUUGGACGAUGUGACGAUAAGGACAAGGAACGAUUUGAGGCCCACCUCCAUAUUGCUGGCUUUAUUGCUUAUCUUCUUGGAUUGAGGAAUCCCAUUCGCCCCAACUCAUCGAAGUGUUUCUCAUCAAACAAGUGCACGAAUCUCAGUCUGUUGGGUCCAGAUUCAUGGAAGAUAAUUCGUGAAUUUGUUAUGAAAUUCUGGGGUUGUGAGAUCAUGUUCGAAAAGGUGAAAGAGUAAGAUUAGCAAGGUUGUGAUUACAGAUUUUAUAUUUAUGAUUGUUAUUGGAUUUUUGUGUUGCCGGAUGAUGAAUUAAGAAUAAACACAAAAAUAUAAACUUCCA